AGGGAUGGUGUGACAAAUUUUUAGCAUAAAUACUUAGCAUAAAUACCUCAACUCUGGUCUUUAUAAUCAUCAGUUCAUUUCUGUAUACAGUCAUCGAAAAACUUGACCAAACAACUAAAAGAACACUAAAAUGACCGCUAAGUUUGUCGUCUUCGCCGCUUGCGUGGCUACCGCCCUCGCCCAAUACUCUGCCCCCGCUUACUCAGCACCAAAGGCUUACGCCCCAGAGCCCGCAUACGCACCAACACCAUACAACUUCGAAUACAGCGUAAACGACCCACACACCUACGACGUGCACAGCCAAUCCGAAUACAGUGACGGAAACGGUUACGUCAAGGGAUCCUACAGCCUCGUCGAAGCCGAUGGCUCAACCCGCACCGUCGAAUACACCGCCGAUGACCACAGUAGUUUCAACGCCGUCGUCAAGAACGAAGGUGGAUACAAGGCCCCAUCAUACUCCGCACCAACCUACAAGCCAGUUUACUCUGCACCAGCUUACAAGCCAGCUUACAAACCAGCAUACUAAGUUAUUUAGCCAUGUAGUUAACUUCCUUAUUUUUCCCUAUGUUUUCUUCAUGUGCCUCUCUGGGCCACCGUGUUCAUAUUGAACCGUGGUUUCAAAAUCAUACCAUACCAUAAAAGACA